AUGAGGAACAUCGCAAAAUGGCGCUGUCAGUUGACGGAGUACGACAUAGAGUACGUGCCCCGCACGUCUGUCAAGGGGCAAGCGAUUGCCGACCAUCUAGCAGAAUUCCCGAUUGACGACGACACGCCGAUUAACACGGACUUCCCGGAUGAAGGAAUCCUCCAGGUAGAUGAAGAGAAAGAGGAGCCAACGUGGAAGAUAUACUUUGACGGGGCUGUCAAUUCUGUGGGAUCCGAAGUUGGGGCAGUCUUCAUAUUCCCGGACGGGCGUCAUUAUCCGGUCGCAGCAAAAGUGGAUUUCUCUUGUACCAACAAUGUGGCCGAGUACGAGGCGUGCAUUCUCGGUCUGCAAGCGGCGAUUGAUUUCAAGACGAAAGACACGAAGCUAGUCCCGUACCACGAAUACCUUGAGGAGUUGGCGAAGAAUUUCGAGAAGAUCUCGUUCACCAACACUCCACGCGCGAAGAAUCAGUUCGCAGACGCACUUGCGACACUUGCAUCCAUGGCGAGUAUUUCAGAGGGGAACAUCGUCAAACCUCUUGAAAUCGAACUGGCCAAAGGCCCGGCCCACUGCAACGCGAUUGAAGCGUCCGAAGCGAAGCCGUGGUACGAGGACAUCAAGAACUUCUUGCAAACGGGGCCAAUAUCCCCAGUUCGCCGUGAUCGAAGGACGCUCAGGCGCCUUGCGAUGCACUACUUUCUGAGCGGCGAGAUACUAUAUCGCCGUUCUUUUGAUUCCACGCUCCUCUGGCUAUUAUUGGUCCACCAUGAAGACUGA